AUGGCUCCCAGCGCGUUCUCUGGCUCCUUGUUUGGGGGAAGCAGCUCGGCACCAUCUACAGGAGCACAGCAGCCAACAGCCAGCAUCUUCUCGUCGAGUAAUGCACCCAGCGCGUUCGGAAACACAACCACCACAACAACCGGCCAAGCUCCAUCUAGCUUCUCGAUUCUAGGGCAACAAUCUCAACAGCAACAACAGCCACAACAAUCCCAGAUGCUUGGGCAAAACCAACAGCCGCCUUCGGGACAAUCCAUGUCAACGUCUCAAAGCACACAACCCGCCUUCUUUAACAGUUUGCUAGAGAGAGGGAAAAAAAGGCCAUUCUCUGCGACGGCACAAGAUGCCAAUUUCGGAGAAUUACCUAGUCUUCAAUUGGGACUUGACGAUAUCCGUAGAAAAGCGAGAGAGCUUGGGGCUGGCGGCCCAAAGGCAUCACACCAAGCUGGCCGAGACAGUAAAGCUCAUUACUUGCUCGCCGCGUCGGGUAUCUCUCCAGGGCAUGCUUUGCGUGACCUGAAGGCUCUAGACUCCCAAACAGCCGCCGCCAGUCCAUUCAAGCAAACCGACAGCUUUGAUCCGGACAACGAGAAAUUCAUGAGAAACCUUCAGCAGCGAGGACGGCAAGCGAUGGUUGCUGAGAGUUUGGCCCGUGUCCAUCGGGAUUUCGAUGCCUUUCUAGAGGAAAAGGUAAACCUCAACUGGGACGAGCAACGUCGGAAAAUAUUUCAACACUUCGGACUCUCUCCGAAAGAUGCUGUGGGAGACGAUCAUGCGGCUUCCAGAGGUUCAUUCGGUCGAACAUCAAGGCAAACGAAACCACCAGGCACUUUCACACCGCGAGAAGGUAGUCGAAGUGUCUUUGGGCGAUCUGCCCUCGAAAAAUCUGUCAUUGGACCACCUGGGAAUCCGCUGGCCAGUUCCCAGCUCUUUUUGGAUCCGAGCGAACGAAAUGACGGUACAAAUAUUCAGUCACCGGACAGCCGCUUUUUGCGGGAAAAGAUGGGCUACUUUGCGGAUAAAGUGCGGCGUUUGAACGGAGCCAGGCUCGAAGAAAGGCCUUUCCCAGUACUUCACGAAUUUGCGGAGGUGGAAGAGCAUGCUGGAGGCGAUGUUCCUCGACAGCUAUCAGAAGCGUAUCGUGCACUGAUCUCCAUAACGGGAGAAGAUCCAAGCGUAACGAACUUGUCAGAUCCUGGCGCUAUUAAGGAACGACAGUUUGCGGACGAUUACUUGAAUGAAGCAUCGAAUUCAAAGGGGGCCACCGCUCUUAGGAAGAGGAUAGUCGACGGUUCAAGAAGCUUCCUAGAGAAGCUCUCCUUUGCUGAAAUUGAGGCCGCAAUAGCCAAGAAUCCCCGCGAAGCCCAACUAGGGGGAAUUCCCUCGACCAUCAACAAGAUCCGUGCUUACAUCCGACUUCGGGCUGCGAGAAAGGAUCUUGCUCCAGAUGGGACAGAACUCCAAACAGUUGGUGACGAUUACUGUUGGAUUCUGAUCUUCUAUCUUCUCCGCUGCGGGUUCAUUACCGAGGCCGCAGAAUACGUGAGUCAGGAUCCUGGUUUUAGGUCCCUCGACCACAAAUUCGUCACAUACAUGACCACCUACGCCCAGAGUAGAAGGUUACCAAGGGAUCUUCAACAGAAAAUCAAUGGGGAGUAUCAGCAACGUUUGCGGAAUGCGCCUGAGAAUACCGUCGAUCCCUAUCGGAUGGCUUGUUACAAAAUCAUUGGGCGCUGUGACCUCGGCCGCAGACGCUUGGAUGGCAUCGGUCAAGGCGUGGAGGACUGGAUGUGGUUACAGUUCGCCCUCGCUAGAGAGGAUGACCGUGCUGAGGAAAUUGCUGGAGAGGUUUUUGGCCUUGAAGAUAUUCAAACCGAUAUCACAGAAAUAGGCCAGCGAGUAUUCGCGAAGGGACAAGAAGCACCUGGCGGUUAUGGGACCUUCUUCCUGCUUCAGAUCCUCGGUGGAAUGUUUGAACAAGCAGUUUCGUAUCUCGGUUCUUACGCCCCGGUGAGCGCCGUGCAUUUUGCGAUUGCUCUGGACUAUUACGGCUUGUUGCGUGUAUCCGACUUCUACACAGCCGGGGAAGAAAUUUUGUCAUUCACUACCAAGCAGUUCCCUCAGAUCAACUUCGCCUACCUCAUCACACAGUACACGCGUGAAUUCCGCACUGGCAACGUUGAGGCGGCUGUCGAUUAUUUCGCACUGAUCUGUCUCAAUGCCGAUCUUCCAGGUGCUCUCGGUAAAUCACAGGCUUCGGUUUGCCAUGAGGCAUUACGAGAGUUUAUCUUGGAGACCCGGGAUUUUGCUAAGCUACUCGGCGACAUUCGUGCGGACGGAGUGAGGAUCAAGGGGGCAAUUGAGCAGCGUCUCAAGUUGAUCAAGUUGGUUGACCAAGAAGAGUUCCUGCGGACUAUCACAGUGCAGGCGGCUGCUGUAGCGGAUGACAAGGGACUGACUGCAGAUGCGGUUCUUUUGUAUCAUCUGGCUGAAGAUUACGACCGUGUCAUCGAGAUCAUCAACCGAGCGCUCUCGGAUGCGGUGGCUGUGGAGCUGGGACAGUCCGCAUUGAAAUUACAGCCACUGCGACCAAGAGUGGACCACGAUGAGCAAUCCCAGCAAGGAUCAUCCGAACCGGGAAGCAGUCUCAGCCUGAUAACAGUAGACGACCCGGUCGUCUUGGCGAAGAACAUGAUCAGUCUGUACAACAGCAACGCGCUGUACUAUCAACGGAUCCGGCAGGUUAAUCGCGAUGCCUGUGGCUUGCUGCUUCGGAUCAUGGAAGCAAAGAGUGAAGUUGAGGCUGGAAAUUGGGCUCCUGCUCUCGAUGCCAUCAAUGAGCUACAAAUCCUGCCUCUACGUGCUAAAGGCUCUGUUCCCUACAUUCGGAAUGCCGCACAGGCGUUCCCGUCCUACCCGAGCGUUAUCUCACGGAACAUUGGUCACUUGAUCAUCUGGAGCAUCACCUGCAUAGGCCGCGAGCGAGAGAGACUCAAUUCCGGUGCGUACGAAAAUGAGAUCCGGCAGAGUUUGGCAGAUGAAUUGCUUGUAAUGGCCAAGGAUCUUAUGAUAUUUGCCGGGAUGAUCAAGUACAAACUGCCGCCAAGAGUGUAUGAGACCCUGGCUCGUGCUGGAGCCGACGUGGGGGCAUUUUAG